AGCUGCUCCUUCGCAACGUGCAUCCAGUGUGACUACUGAUCGCUGUUCAGUGCUUGCAGUGUGCACUGAACAUAACAGCCCAUGUGCUCUGUAUGGAUGUUGAAAUCGCGCAGUGUAUCCUGAACCGCGGCGAGCAGACAAUAUGUCCAGCACACCCCACGACCCGUUCUAUUCUUCCCCGUUCGGACCUUUCUAUAGAAGGCACUCACCCUACAUGGUACAGCCCGAGUACCGGAUCUACGAGAUGAAUAAACGGCUUCAGUCUCGCACAGAGGAGAGUGACAACCUCUGGUGGGAUGCCUUUUCUACCGAGUUUUUCGAAGAUGACGCCACAUUAACGCUGUCAUUCUGCUUGGAGGACGGACCAAAGAGAUACACCAUUGGCCGGACCCUCAUCCCUCGUUACUUCAGCACCGUGUUCGAGGGCGGAGUCACCGACCUGUAUUACAUCCUCAAGCACUCCAAGGAGUCCUUCCACAACUCCUGCAUCACCGUCGACUGCGACCAGUGCACCAUGGUCACUCAGCAUGGGAAGCCAAUGUUUACAAAGGUUUGCACAGAAGGGCGGCUCAUCCUGGAGUUUGCGUUUGACGACCUCAUGAGGAUCAAGACGUGGCAUUUCACCAUCAGGCAGUACAGAGAGCUGGUCCCGCGCAGCAUAUUAGCCAUGCAUGCGCAGGACACUCAGGUGCUGGAGCAGCUGUCGAAAAACAUCACCCGGAUGGGUCUGACCAAUUUCACCCUCAACUACCUCAGGCUGUGUGUCAUACUGGAGCCGAUGCAGGAGCUGAUGUCCAGGCACAAAAACUUCAACCUCAGCCCGCGGGACUGUCUCAAAACCUGCCUGUUCCAGAAAUGGCAAAGGAUGGUGGCGCCACCAGCAGGACACCCACAGAACUUCAAAACGGAAAUUUUCACUACAAAUCACAAAAAAGCAGAACCGGCAAGACAGACGACGACGAAGAGGAGGAAAAGGAAGAACUCGGCCAGCAGCGCGUCCAACAGCAGCCUGGGCAACAGCAACAGCAAGAAGCGCAGCCCUGCAGGCAGCUUCAGCCUCUCCAGCCAGGUACCUGACGUGAUGGUGGUCGGGGAGCCGACGCUGAUGGGCGGGGAGUUCGGGGACGAGGACGAGCGGCUCAUCACCCGCCUGGAGAACACGCAGUACGACGCCGCCAACGGCAUCGACGACGAGGACGACUUCAACAACUCGCCCGCGCUGGGCAACAACAGUCCCUGGAACACCAAGCCGCCCAACAACCAGGACACCAAGCCCGAGAGCACAGCGCCUCAGCCCUCGCAGUGAAAAACCGCGCCACACACACCUCCCACCUGCAGGGCGGCGCCCUCUCAGACCAUACACUGUACUGUACACUGAACCGCGCCACACGUUCUGCGACACGCCGCCACAUAGCUCUGACAGAACCUCUGACAAUCCAAAUUCACCUUCUUGUAAUAAAAGAGAUGGGUUGCUAUAUGCAGAAAAUGAAUACAAAUUUUUUACAUAUGGAUGUGUAUGGGAAGGAAGUGGACUGAAAAAGACUCCUUUUACUGUAUAUAAACCCAGCCAACAGUCACCAUUGUGUCAACAGGAACCUACUGUUUGAGGAAUCCAGCAAGCUUUUGACUCACAAACGAAGGGCAGGGCCCACUCUACUUCAAUACUGUUGUUAUACUGUCCAGCCUGAAGCUUUACCAGCUACUCUUCGCUCACAAUCAGGCCGCUAACCUAAAUAACUGAAAAACACAUGAGACAACACUGGCUCAGUCAGAAAGCCUUAUGGGAAUUGUAGUGGUGGUGUCUGAAGGAGGGCUGAUCUGUCCUAAGAGCAAUUAACUCAGUUGGACCCAUUCACAGAGUUGGGAGAAGAUCUGAAGCGAUCCCCCUGUUUUCUGCCAUAGUGAAAUCAUUUCAGCAUAUUUGCAUUUUAAUUGGAAAGCCAGUUCAUUUUGAGUGGCUGGUUUUUUUGUUUUUUUUGAAAAAAGUUUAUAAUGAAACACAACCCCUUCCUGUUCAUUUCAUUCUAUGGACUGCUUCAGAGAGGACUGCUCAUAUUCUUAGAUUACAUUUUAAAGCACUGUGUUAUGGCCCUUGUGAAAUGUUAUUGUGUACAAAAAUUGGGUCCAUUUGAUUUAGCAUUUAUUUGUAUUGUUUUUUUUUCUCUUAUCCUUUACCUCCUUUCACCUUGUAACAAUCUGGUCUUGAAAAAAGUCACGUGUCUCUUUUAUAUUGAUUCCCAAACUGAACAACACCUAACAGACUUAGCAUUAAUAUCAGUGACAACUUAUGAUACCACAGCAUGAUAACCAUAAAAUUAAAAACAUAAACAUAUCUGAGUUGUGGGACUGAGGUGAAUAUUUAUUUGACAAUUUCUGCAUGAUUUCUUUUUGAUGACAUGUUACAGCUCUCAAAUGAUCACAACUCAGAUGCAACAAGCAGCACAGCGCAUUCACAAACCAGUGGUAUCUGGCUCAUACAGUGAAAAUACCACUCACAUUAAAUAUAUUCCGAUUCAAGUUUUGCCAUAAAGUCAUGGAAUUAGUGAAUCAUAACAACACUGACAGAGGCGUGAUGACAUUUCCAAAGUUAAGACCAAUGUCACAAAACCACUGAACUGAACGUGCACUUCGCUCCGUUUCAUCAUUCAGCCGCGACUUUGACGUGUAGGGCGAACAUUCCUAUAUCAGCUCCUCUCAGCUGUACAUUCAGUUACACAGCUUUACAUUCCAGCCAAUUCCAGCUCUUCCCUCAAAGGUAGAACUGCCAUUAUAAAGCAGACAACUUGUUAAUUAAAAUUAAUUUAAUCACACAAUUGACCUCUGAAUGAGGUUAAUUCCUCCGAUCCAGGCACUCCGCAGACUGUAUUUCAGUCGCGGGCGGGAAGAGUUCCACGUGUACACAGCAGCUGGGUGCUUUCAGUGCAUGGAUAGACACAUGAUCAUCUACACCACUUCAUUGAAAUGCAGCUUUUCACGGCACUGGCAGUGUUCAUUAAAAACCAUCCCCAGCAUUUGUCAGAGGUGCUUUUUGUUGCAGUUUUCAGGGGUAAAUAUCACAAAUAUCCAUUGCUUUCCAAUGUUGAUGGGAAAUUUCUGGUAGAAGAAAAAUGACAACCAGUGGAAUUAGCAUGUGUGUCUGAAGAGACAGAGAGUAACCAGGUGUGCUUCUUAACAGAACAGGGCUAAAAUAGUCAUGCCAUCAGUUUCUAACAGGUAGAUUGUGCUUACACCAUUAAU